AUGGCUCCCCGCCGCGUUCGCGGAGCAGUCUGCUUGGCCGUUGUUGCCUCGCUGGCACGCAGCCUGAGCGUUGGCUUUGCGAGCCCGGGAAGACGAGGCGUGGCAGCGAGCUUGGCAAGCGGAUUGGCAGGUCUUUUGAGCGUGGAGUCCACUCGGGCUUACGACUUGCCAGACUUGCCAUACGCUUAUGAUGCCCUGGAGCCUUCCAUUGAUAAGGUGACUAUGGAGUUUCACCAUGAUAAGCAUCACCUCACUUACGUGACGAACAUCAACAAGGCAUUGGAGGGCAAGACGCAGCCAGCCCUGGUCGACCUGCAGAAGACAGCCAUCAAGGAUGGUGCCGCCUUCCGCAACAGUGGUGGAGGUGCUUACAAUCACAACUUCUUUUGGCUUGAGAUGGCACCAACUGGCAAGGGCGGAAAACCGUCAGAGAAGCUUGGCUCAGCCAUUGAUGACAGCUUCGGGUCAAUGGAUGACUUCAAGGCAACGUUUGAGGCCGCAGGAGCUCCGGGAGCACGCUUUGGUUCGGGAUGGGUUUGGUUGGUAGUGACAGAUGACAAGAAGCUGGCGAUCACCUCGACUCCGAACCAGGACAACCCGCUCAUGGAGGGUGUUGAGGGAACUCCGGGCAUUCCCAUCCUAGGCUGUGAUGUUUGGGAGCACGCUUACUACUUGAAGUAUCAGUACCGCCGCCCUGACUACAUCAAAGCCUGGUGGGACGUUGUGAAUUGGGAUCAGGUGAGUGCCUGGUAUGAGGACGCGCUGGGUGGCAAAGCCCCCACAGCUGACUCGACCACUUCAGCUGCAUCGCUGAUCGGCGCCCGCAAGACCUCAGCAAAUUUGAAUUUGAAGUUGGGCUUCGAAGCCAACGCUCGGUACGGCUCCUGA